AUGGGCACCAUGUUCCCAAACAAGAUCGCCCUCAAAGACGAUCUGAAGUUCGAUCUUGCAGCUCCUGCUGGGUGGGAGUAUGCACCAGGCGACACGAUCAUCGGCAACUUGAUGCGCAAGAAUCCACUCGUCACACCCGAGGCUACAGUCCGAAUUUGGUUUGCCGGGCGAGUGAGGGCGAAGAUUUCUCGAGAUUCUGAGAGAAGAGACUCCUCUAAUAAGACCUACUCCGCCACCUGGGACCUCUUCGAUAAUGGCCAGGAUGUCCUUUAUCACGGGCCACUGCAUAUUCCAGAAAAUAGCAGCGAGCCAGAAUGCUGGCCCAUCUCAGUCCAGAUUCCCACCACCGUUUCACCUUCGGUUACUAGAGGCCAUAAACAGGCGAUGAGCUUUCUUCCCCUGGACGAAGCUCCUCCGUACCUACCUGGUACCUUUCGUGCCAGUGGUAGGGAUCAUAUUGUCAGCUCCGAAUGCAUUGUCGAGUAUGCCGUCCACGCUCGCUUGAACUAUCUCCAUCGCGGGGCACACCGAGUCCUCUAUGCGACCUUACCCAUAAUGUUAAGACACCCUAUGGACCAGAACACGAGCACUUUUCUUGGCGAGUCCAAGGAAUUGCGAAAUGGCUGUGUUUUCAAAAUCCAGACACAGCGUUUACUCCCAGGAAUGGAAGAUGUAGCCCUAUCUCUGGGACAAAGGACGCGCAAAAUUUUCCGUUCCUCCAAAGUACCAGAGUUCUGGUAUGAAAUCGUGAUGACAACACCCACUGCCGUCCAACUCAACAACCCAGAGUUGAUCCCGAUAAUAUUCAACUUUGUUCACCGGGAAGAUAAAACGAGUGAGGGUAUCAAGGACCAUCCUCAGAAGAUUCAGAUCAAUUGGAUCAGGCUGCGUCUGCACUGUAUAACAGCUUGCAUGGCACCGAGCAAUUUCCGAGAGAACCACCCACAAAGUGACCAGCAGACCGCCAUAAUAGACUUGCACCUAGAAAAGGUCUUCGAACAGCUCGAGUCUCCGCUGGUGAUAUAUUCGUCGGGGAAGGGGAGCCAGCCUAUCCACUUGGGCAACAUGUUCCAGAUCAAUCUGCGGGCUGAUGGAUUGUAUUCUGGGAAUAUGCGCCUUGUGCGCUGGCCGAGCCUGAACAGCAUCUAUCCCGACUUCGUCACGUAUAGCAUCAAACACACGCACGCGCUGGAGUACAUCGUCAAUCUCACGAUCGCAGGAGAGGGAGAAACGAUCAAAUUCAAGCCGAAGUCGCUCGUCAUUCUUGCAGCUCUCUGA